UGUAGCAAAAGUGCAUAUAUGGUAUGGGUGAGUGCUGAGCAGUACUCAUGAACCACCACCAGAUUUAUAAUCACUGCCAUUGGUUUGUCUGUGGAAGAGGUGGUUUUGAGCUUCUUCUCGUGACUGACAAAUUGGUUUAGCGUUACUCUAGCAUUAAUCCAAGCCAUCACUUGCACCAUAAGAUAUAUGUGUACUCAUCUUUAAAAACCACCCUGGGGAAAUGCAUAGGAUAUGUUAAAUGGAAUACACUACUUUUAAAUGACAGAACCACUAGAAGACUUGAGCAGAGGAUCAAGGACCGCGCAGCAUUUUCAUUCCGGAGCCACCCAAGACCAGCACGCUUCCAUGGCCUACGCCUGACCCAGACUCUGUGAAGGACACAACAUUUGCCAUUUUAACCCAGACCAACGCUGCCAACUUGCUGCUCUGCAACACCCAGGACAGCAGGUCCACCAGAACAACACACCAUGGAAAACCAAACCAUGGACUUAGCCGACUGGUCACUGACGACAGAAUUUGACUACAGUGAUUCAACGCCAUGCCCAGGAACUGAGGAAAAGCACUUUGCAGCAAAACUUUUGCCACCGCUUUAUUCUUUGGUGGUGAUAUUUGGCUUCAUAGGCAACAUGCUCGUUGUCCUUAUCCUAGUAAAGUACAAGAGACUGAGGAGUAUGACUGACAUCUACCUGCUCAAUUUGGCAAUUUCUGAUUUGCUGUUUAUAUUUUCUCUCCCUUUUUGGGCUUAUUAUGCUGUUCACGACUGGAUUUUUGGGGAUGUGCUUUGUAGAAUUCUCUCAGGUGUCUACCUCCUUGGCUUCUACAGCGGCAUCUUCUUCAUAAUCCUGUUGACCCUAGACAGGUAUCUGGCCAUAGUGCAUGCGGUGUUUGCUUUAAAAGCUAGGACAGUUACCUAUGGCAUCCUCACCAGCGCUGUCACUUGGGCUGUUGCCAUUUUUGCUUCUGUUCCUGGGACAGUAUUUCACAAAACUCAAAAGGAAAAUUCACGUUAUACUUGCAGUGCUCAUUAUCCAUCAGAGCAGAGAAAUGUAUGGAAGCAAUUCCUGACCUUAAAAAUGAACAUCCUGGGACUUAUUAUUCCAAUGGUAAUUAUGAUCUGCAGCUACACACAAAUUAUAAAGACAUUACUGCAAUGUAGGAAUGAGAAGAAACAUAAAGCAGUCAGGCUUAUUUUUAUCAUCAUGAUUGUCUACUUUUUGUUCUGGGCACCAUAUAACAUUUGCAUUCUCUUGCGUGAUUUUCAGGGCAUGUUUUCCAUCACUACUUGUGAAGGCAGUGGUCAACUGCACAAAGCAACCCAAGUGACAGAAACAAUCUCAAUGAUCCACUGUUGUAUCAACCCUGUAAUUUAUGCCUUUGCUGGAGAAAAAUUUAGGAAGUAUCUUCAUAGCUUUUUCCGAAAGCAGAUUGCAUUCCACUUCUCUAAAUACUGUCCCGUUUUCUAUGUCGACACAGCUGAACGGGCUAGCUCCACCUACACACAAUCUACUGGAGAACAAGAAGUUUCUGCUGCAUUGUAAAUUGUGUCUAGUGAAAAAGUGGAAUUGACUUUUGUGAAAUCAAGUCUGUCAUGAAAGCCUGUGGAAUCCGUCCUGGAUACUGGCUCUAAGGCAGCUGCAGAAGAUCACAGAACACAUAUAAAGCAAAGUUUGUAUUUGCUGAUACAUUUGGGUAUUUGUACAUAAACGAAAAGGAUGUAUCAAAUUAGCUACCUAGACAUGGUAACACGGGAUUCUGUAGGGAAAAAAAGUGUUCUCUUUUUUUUGUGAAUGUAAAUGCAUAGUUUUGUACUACAGGGCUCAAAAGCACACAAAGGCUGAGGGCCUAAGCUAGCAGGCUCAUAAACUGAUUUUUUGAAGUGAACUAGAGGUUAGAAAUUUACGCUGGUUCUUUGGAAACAUUUCUUGACUGUACCUUACACAAGAUAUCUCACUCAUUUAAACUCUGUCUCAGUCACAUCUUUUACUAGUCUGGUUGUGUAUCUCUGUAAAUAAUGCUAAACUACUGAGGUCCGUGAUACAGAAUCUUUACAAGUGGCAUAGGAAAAUUUUAUUCAUUUAGAAGAGACUCUGACAUUUCAACGUGUAUUUCCCUUUCCGUAUGGUUAAGUACCAACCUCUUGUAUCUUUCUCAUAAUAGUUUUAACUACUAGGUGCUGAUAUCUAAGUGACUUGCAAGUUUGAUACUUCAGAAGGCUCUCUUUUAAUCAACUGCUGUUUUAUAUGCCACUCAUACUAAAAAGCUAAUAUAACAAAUUAUCAUUGAUCAGAAAAUCAAUGCGUUUAGAAUAUUUUAAAAAUAAAGUAUUGCACACGGAGCUUUAACCAGGUUAGAUCAAAUGUGGACAAUGAGUCAACAGGGUUUUAGCUUUUUAGUGCGGUGAUUUUGCUUGCCAUUUUUCUAGCCUACAUAAGAGAAAAACUUUAAAUAUGAAAUGAAUGCAGCUGUAAUGGCUGCAAAACCACAACAGCAUUAGAGGUGUGAAAAUGAUCUCUGAACAUGAUUGACUCCGAUGUUUUUAGAGAUAAACAUAUGCUAUAAACACUUAAGUUAUCAAAAUAUAUGAAUACGGAAACAUAUUCACUGCUCUACAGAGUCAAGGACACAGAGUAUCUCUUUUUUGUUUUAGAAGCAGGUAUCAUUUGUGGGCUAUAACAAUGGGUUUUUUUCUGAAACUUAGGAGUUUUACAGAGAGAGAAGCUUCCAUAAUUAGUCAAGUGGUCAAAUGACUGGGCUUCCCCUUAAAGCUCAGAUCCCACAAAACACUUGAACACAAAGAAGAGAUUAAAUAAAUAUGGGGAUACUCAUGUGCUUAAGAUCAUACCAUAAUCAACCUAUUAAUUGAUUUAGGCCAAGUUGUCCUUUCUAACACUUCUUAUACUUUCCCUAGGACAUACAGUUUUAGAUAACUCUGGAGACAGGAAAUUAAAAGUGAAUACUUUGAUUGCUAUUCUUAUCCAGCAGGGCGAUUUCUGUUUCCCAACUCCUCUAGAUAACCUUUUAAAUAAUACUUUCAAAGAAGCAAAUGUUUCAAAUAGCCCCAAAGAGAUUUUACAUUGCCAAGGGCUUGUGAAAGCAGGAAGUGAAAUAGGGAAAUCUUUGCCUAUCAAACCACUUGUUUUAAGUUAUUCAGUUUUGUCAUAUUAAGCACCUCUUUUGGACUACAUCCACAUGGGAAGUAUAACAAAAGUAUACUGCACCUUCAAAUUUACAAGAUUUUCAGCUGCAUACUCUUUUUUAAGACUCUGUGCAUCGGUUACUUUCUGGACUUUGUAUAUGCUUUUAAAACACGUAACUAUAUCAGUAUAAGCAGAAAUUGUGUAAUUUCAGCAUAAAACAACAAAUAUAUGCAUUUAUUUUUUAAAGAGAUAGAAAGCUACAGGCAGUAACUUCUGGAUAGGCUGGCUUUUUGUUUUUCCUUCUAGAAUACAUUUAUGAAAAUAUUUUUAUAUUUUAGUCUGCUCUUGACAAGAACUUUCUUUUGGCCCCUAAGACGCCUCACCUUAAGUUACUUUCUCUGGAGAGCAUCAAGGUGUGUAUCUCGACGAGCCCUGCAGGAGCAAAGUACAACAACCAAGUGUGCACAACCACACCGACAAGCUUUCUGAGAGACUUGUCAAAAAGCAGCCCCAAUCCUCUGUGGUGUUCUCUUCUACAGCAUGGAUCUUUCCAAGUGACAAGCAGCUUCUGAAGGGAAGAGGUGGAACUUAGAGAUUGGUGGCCCAGUGGAUGAGCAGCUUACCAGGAGUUUCUAUCACUUCACCGAGAAGGAAACACGCUUCAGCAAAUGCCAACAUCUCAGAUGUCAGCUACUGUAGUGAACUGUGAUCCACAUUCAAGGAGAUAACAGAAAACAUAGUAUGUGGUAGCACUGCUGGUGCAUUCAACUACGGACUCUGCCAAUAGAUUGUAAUAAUAUUUUGUAUUAUACAAACCAUUAAAGUUGGUUAACUUUUGUGUGUUA